AUGACUGCUUCGGCAUGGUAUGAUUCCUGGAAUUCUCUGUGUCCUCUUUCAGAUCAUUUAUCUCCUAGGAUGAUCACUAGUGCUGGAUUUUCUCUCAAUGACAAGGUAGCGGAUAUUAUUGUUGAUAAUACCUGGAAAUGGACAAGCGAAUGGACGGAUAGAUUCCCAAAUAUUCAGAUUCCUGUUUUGAAUACUUUGGAUUUGGAUCGACUUAUGCGGAAAGAUUCCAACCAAAAUCUGUUGGAUUUUUCGGUCAAUGUGGUGUGGGAGGAUCUGCGUCCUCAAGCUGCUGUAGUGGAUUGGUUCCCGAUUGUUUCGUUUAAUCAGAAU